AUCAAACUCGACCCGACACAUCUGUCUUCAAGUUCGACGAAAAGAAUGCCACCCUCAUCGAGUCGUUCAAAGAAUGGUCAAAUAAAACCAAUUUGACGUUCUUUUACAUGGAUAAUGAAAACGCUCAUAUUCAAAUUGCAUUUGGAGACAAAAAUUGCACGGCCUACGAAGACGGAAUCGUUUUGAAUUUUACAACGAAUGAAGGCAACAUCAAAUCGUUUGCAUGUGUGUAUCCACUAAGAUGGGAAAACGGCGGUGAUAUACAUUUUAUUGGGGAUACAGAAUGGAUAACGAUUGAUGCUGACCCGAGUGAUUUCGCUCCUAAUAAUAAAUACGAUAUUAAUCUAUCGACGGCUUCUUUCUUUGCUAUCGCGUAUGUUCUUGGAUUCAAUGAUUACAAUGAAAAUGGUGCCCUCUUGCCUUUGGACUAUUACCAAAAGAAGGAAGACGCUGAAAAUUACAUCCGAAAACUAUGCAGAAAACCCAGUGGCGAACGAAAGAAUUGAAAAGAUCAAUUGAGUGCAGAAUGUUCGAUGGAAACACGCCAGGGACCGUAUCUUGUGAUCAAGCCACCAAAUACUUAAUGAUAUAACGUAUUCAUUAUCUAACUAUUAAGAACUUUA